AUGGCAUCUGACGUCUGUCCGGCCCGUCCUGAGCCCACGUAUGUCACCAGUCCCGAGCAAGCCUUGCAGUCGCAAGCACAAGUUGACCUGAGAGCUGGAUGCCGAGCAAACAGCUUCUCGUUUACACAGGGUUUCAUUCUGGGCCAGAUCUCAGUCGUACUCCUGAUCGCAGCCUUCAUCAAGUUCUUCAUAUUCGGAGACCCCCCCUCUGCCGAGGUGACUGCCUCCCUACGAGCCACCGAAAGACGAUCGAGGACCUUGGCGCACAAGAAGUCGCUCCUCAGUCUGAGGACCGCCGGGCGGCCGAGUAGUAGGCAACACGAGCAGCAGUCCAACACUCUCAACCGGAAGAAAUCCAGCAUUUUACGAUCCGGCCCCCCGACGCUGACCAUCGGGUCCAUUCUCAGUAAAACAUACUACAAGGUCGACAGUCACCAGCCCGAGUCUCUCGACUGGUUCAACGUGCUGGUUGCCCAGACAAUAGCACAGUUCCGCAGCGAUGCUCAGCACGACGAUGCCAUCCUCGGCUCCUUGACCAAGGCCCUCAACAGCCCCUCUCGGCCCGACUUCCUCGACGAGAUCCGCGUGACAGAGCUCAACCUGGGCGAGGAGUUCCCCAUCUUCAGCAACUGUCGCAUUAUACCUGUGGAUGAUGAUGGCAUUGCGUUCCCACCCGGGAAGCCCUUCGAUGCGAAUAUGGCCACGCGUGAGGGCUGUCGGCUGCAGGCGCGCAUGGACGUUGACCUGAGCGACGCAAUCACACUGGCUCUGGAGACCAAAAUGCUCCUCAAUUAUCCCAAAAAACUUUCUGCCGUACUCCCCGUUGCGUUAUCUGUGUCGGUUGUGCGGUUCAGUGGGACACUAUCAAUAUCCUUCAUCCCCAGCAACCCGUCUCAAUCAACCCCCACCAUGAUGACAUUCAGUUUCCUGGACGACUACCGCCUCGACUUCUCCAUCCGCAGUCUGCUCGGCAGCCGAUCACGCCUGCAGGACGUUCCCAAGAUUGCCCAGCUGGUCGAGUCGCGUCUCCAUAAGUGGUUUGACGAGCGGGCGGUCGAACCACGCUUCCAGGAGAUUGCCCUGCCAAGCAUGUGGCCGCGGAAGAGGAACACGCGCGGCGGCGACGAAGUCAUUGCCGAAGCGGAGAGGUCGCUUGGCAAGGCAAAGGGCGCGGAAAUCAGCCGCGAGAUGAGGAACCAGGCGAGGAGCCAGGUUGAGGCCGAGGAGGACGCGAGGGCCGAAUGGGGCACCGAUUCGUCGAGGCGAGACUCUUUGAGGUACCGCCGGCAGCCUAGGGCAGAAGAUGUGUUCGCUGGGUCGGGCGCUAUGCCCGGGUCGAUGCCUGGCGUCAGUGUUGAUAUGACAUGA